CCCCCUUAAGCUACAUUAGAAGGCAAUUUGAAAUAAUUAAAUGUAGGAAUAGUUGCAUUCCACGUAUUAUUUGUGGCCCCAUUUUACUAUUAUAACACAAGUCAGCAGUUGAAGAGGGGGUUGGGGUUGGGGUUGCAAAUACACCCCCCCCCCCCAUCUGCCAAUGAUUAUAGUUUAAUAUAAUUAAUUCUCAUUUUUCCCUUGUUAACUUUACAGAAUACAUGUAUUCACUAAAUUAAACUUUGCUGAUUUGAAAUCAACAGGUAUAGAAAUGAUUUAUGGGCUGGCUUGGGUAAUUUCCCUAGGGCUGUCCCUGGCCGUCACGGGCCAGGAAGCUUUUGUUUGCCUGUCUGCGUUAAGCUGUCUGAUACGAUUCAUUGGGAGUGCAUUUGACAAAUACUAGUACCCUUGUCCGAAGUACAGUACAAAAUCUUUCAAUGAUGUCUAUUCAAACAAGAUAAGAAUAUUACUGGAGGGAAUCAGUGAAUGCGUUCUAAAUAUUUUUUUCUUUUUAUUCAACCCAUUGUCUGGUCGAAAAUGUGUACUUUGGUGGUGUGAUUGGGUUUUAUUAAAUUCCUCCAGGGUUUUCCCCAGUUUUAUUUUUGGCUUAAAUUCUAUCGAAUCCCAAAGCAAAUGAUACAAAUACGUAAUAUAGAGGGCGCUAGUGUUAGCGCGCUGAGAAACUAUUUUUUCAAAGGCAUGUGUUGAGUUUCCGCAUCGGACUUCAGACUGCGCAGCAGAGUUAUUCAUAUUUUACAAAUCUAACUUGUAAAAUUCAGAAAUGGACGCUCCAGCAAAUUGCCACAAGACGAAAUCUGUCCAAGUUAUGUAUGGCACCAGAGUUUAGCAACAGGUGUCGUUCCCGUCAGAAGUUCAGUUGAAAAGUACCAAACUUGAGUUGAGAAAACAGUGUCGCUACGACCGUACAGUUAGGCCUACUAAAAAAGUCAUUUUAUGUCCGAGCCUCAUAGUUCUAGGAGUACAUCUGAUGAUGAAUCUGAAAACAGUAAGGAACAACUGAAACACCGGACAUCUGUUCUAGACACCAGAAUGGCUACUUCAGCCUUCCAUUUGAUGAGUUUUCUGGCUUGAAAAACUCUCACAAUGCGAGUAAUUUUACGCGGAGAUGUGGUGCAGCCGGGAUUGUGUUGCAGCCCUGGUCAACCGGUUGAACGGUGGAAACACUGCGAUGACGUGGGGCUAGUGGACGGUGGUGUGCCCACCAUUGGAGGGAGUGAGGCCAGCAUCAUACUCGAACCUGCUGUCUGGUCCAAGGUGCUUGUGGUUGACACAGUCUACUUUGAUGCCAUUAGAAACAGCAUUCAAUGGACGAUGUGUUGCCGUAGAAACUGCACGCAAAGGAUCAUGGGAGAAGAAACCACGUACCAGCGUUGCAGGCAUACUCAAGAAUUAGGUUUGUUGAACGAAGACUUUUAUCCUCUGGUGGUGGACAUGCAGAGAGGAAUAGACCUCGCUAAACGCAUCUUAGUCAGACAGGAUGAUGAAGAUAGUGUAGAUCUGUUGCAUCUUUUGCAUGUCUACAUUCUACCAAUCAUAAAGCUGUGUUCAGAGGACAAGGAACAUGUGACCCAGGCCCUGACCAAUCAGGAACAAACCUUACAAAAACUGAAUGUCAAGAUAGAUGAAAUGACGGAGCAACGGAGAAUGCUCAAACAGACCAUGAGGCAGUGGAGAGAAGACAUGUGUGAACAUUUACAAUCGGAAACUGCAAUUGUAUCUUGCAACUCCUCAUUUCUGAAACUCCUCUGUGAACAAUUGAAAGCUGAUGUGGAAUAUGGCUACAUUUAUAUUGAGCUGGAGACGUGGAAGAAAAAAGUUCAAGAAGCCAAACUGAGGGUUCAAAAGAAAGGAGGAAGACGCUACGUCGGCCAGCUGAAUGCAGCAAAAGUAGGGAGGGAUGCAGUUGAAGAACGCAUGACCAAGUUGAUGUACGUUCAUAAUGCAGGACUAGCGCUUUGUGCGAGUAGAGUGUCGGACGAACAAAAGGUAUCUGACCCACAUGAGGAGGCCUACAUGAAGAUUCAGGAUGAGUGGAAAGGUCAUGAAAAAGAACGGAUUGAACUUGUGCGAAGAAAAAUCUGUGCUCUGAGUGUACGAGAGGCUUUGUUUCACGCAGAAGAGGAACUUACCCAGGGCAAGCAGACAACAGGUGUUGAGAUCGGCCCAUACGGAAUCCAACGACCCACUGAUGUUCUCGGGAAAACCUCUCUACCUGCAGAAUGGGAAACCCUACAAAGCCAAGUUGCAAAGAGUGUGGAGUUGAACACUGUCAUACUUAGGCUUCGCAGUGAAUUCACUGACUGGAUUCGUAGUUACAUCAUCAAAGAGCUGACUGAUCCACAAUCCAACCCAAGCUGCUCUAAGAUUAAAGAGUCGUCCAGUGGUGCGCGUCAGAGAAUUUCCCCAGACAGCCGCAUUCGCCAGAGCAUUAGAGAGAAGAAACCUGCUACUCACUUCAAGGGACUGACCAAGACCCUCAAGCAUGAACUACAUCAUCAUUUCAAUCAAGUGGUUUAUGAAGUAAUUGAAGAUCAAACUGCUCUGUCAGAAUGCUCCCAGAGAGUCUGGACAUGUUACGAGAGUUGUUUCUUCUCUUCUCAUUAUCAGAACAUCUUGCGGCUUUAUGAGCGAGCCUAUGCAGAGGUAUCCCAAGAACUUGAGAGCAAUCUACCAACAUUCACUUUGCGGGAUCUUUCAGAAAAUGACAAGCAGUUUCUGCAGUUUAUGGGUCUGUAUGCUCCGGACUUUCUGUCAGCAAUGCUAGAAGAUCCUGAGGUCACAGAGGCAGACACGGCAGAGGUAGAGCAGGAGGAAUUUGAGAAAGAGGAUAAGGCCGAGGAUAAAGACGACAAGACCAGGGAAAGAUUAGAGUCAGGGAUCAGUAUCCAAGGGGAUGAGCAAGUCCAAGUUGUACGGAGAAAGAAGGAUUCUACCGGUAGCAAGCAAGGCAGUCGAAGGAAAGGGUCCCACAGAGAGACUCAGAUUUAUGAUUGGAUGUGGGUCCCCAGUCCACAGCUGGAGGCUUCAUUGUUAGAGCCACCAGCAGUUACAUGGAGAGGGUCGGAGCGGAGACAUAUGAGUCUAGAAGACAUCCACUCUGAUAAGUCGUCACGGUCAGUCCGUGGUUCUGCAUUCAAGGCACGUCGCUCCCUUCCCAUUAACAUCCCCAACCCCAACAGCAAAGCUUGGAUCCUGUCCAAUCCAGUCAUGAGUUCUGUCAGUGACUCGGGAGUCUCCUCUGUGAAUGUCACUGAAGAUGACGUCGAGAAGGAAGACGUGUUUGAAUCUUUGGAAGAUGGACACUCCUCUAACAGUCCUCGCGACAAAUAUGUCCGGGACAAUCCCAACAGCCAAGUCUUCCUGCAGAGGUUUCAGACAGCCUACAAUUACUUCUACAACGCACUUAAAGAAACAGUACCAAUGUCUAAAAUGCUCUCGCUGUGUAAAUGCCUUCAGGAAAUCGCAACAACUGCUGGAAAACAGUCAAGACUACUUUCCAGUGGUAAAGAUGUACCAGUCUUGGGUAUCGAUGACCUUUUACCCUGCCUGAUACUCUUCCUUCUCCAUGGCAACGUGGAGCGAGUUGUCAGUGGUUACCAUCAUAUCAAGAUGCUGGAUGAUUAUAUGCCGGACUUCUUGCAACUUGGCCGCUUUGGCAAUGUCGUCAUUCAGUUCUUGGUUGCCUAUUCGGUCCUCCUCAGGAGGGAAUGUCAAGAUGAUGACCUUUGAACUCCUGCAUAUGCAUACAUGCAUAUUUAUGAAUGGAUAAUGAUGAUAUCACUCUUACCCAGUGGCAGCUGAUUGAAAACCACCAACUUACAUUGUCAAAAAGCUUAUACGUGUCCUGUGACCUUUCUUUGUUACUAUUCAAGAAUGUAUUCAUACAAUUAGUUCAUUAAUCAGGUGUUUUUGAUAUAACUGGGUGGUUUGUAACCUGUGCGUAUGUCUCCCACAAGGAAACGUAUGGGAAAUCUGUAAAGUGUAAAGUUAAAAUAAAAUGCAAGUGUUCUUGUGUCGUACCGGUACAUGAAGCAUGACAUUUCAUAUACAGUGGAACACCUUUAUAACAAGGUCCUUGGGACUUCACAAAUUACCUUGUUAUGACAGGUACCUUGUGUUAUCAGUAAUGGAAAACAAAAUAAACCAAAGAAUUGGUGCCUAAAGUUUUCCUUGUUACAAGCAGGAUGUUGUAUUCACAGUGCUCUUCGUGUCAGGGUUUGACUGUAUGUGGUACAUGUAUUCAUAAUUGUGGUAAUUAUAUAUUGACAGUAAUAUCUGAAAAUAUGUCCUGUAUAUUACUUUUUAUAAAAUUUUUACAGUUACUUAAUAAGCCACCGCAAUUAUUCAAAGCUGUAAAGUUUCGCUUUAAAAAGCAUAUAUGUUUAGUGAAAGUAUUUGUAUUAAAUUUGGUAGCAAAUUAUUAUUGAACUGCGCUUAUUACAUAAUUUAAGAACAUCUGAAAUAUGAGAUAAUUUCAAGAUGUAUUCUUUUGCUGAAAUGGAAAUUAUAGCUUAUAUUGUUGAGUUGCCAUGGGCACCCAAAGAUUAUUAAAAGACAGUGUACAUGUAGAUCUAUUUAAGGGAAUAGAAAUUAAAUUUCUAUGGAAUAAAAUCUAAUUGAAUAUAAUUUAUUAAUAAAUUGAGACAGGAAUUGAGAAAGAAAAUCAGCUUAUUGGGUUAGACUUUUUAUAUUUUUAAGAAACAAAGGGCAGACGUUAAGUUUAAAACUUUAACAAAUUGUAUAAAACAGGUUAUUUCUGACAUAUGAUCUAUUUACCCAGCAAGUUUCAUAACAAAAUGCCUUGUAUAUUAAAUGUUUACUAAAUUGUGCAGACAUGGUAUUGGCAUUUGCAAAUUUUGUGAUCAUCUGUAACCUUCCAAGGCUAUUGUGAAACUCAAAAUUCACAAAAUGCCAUAAUUUCACUUUCAAAUAUAACAAGAUAUUGUAUAUUUACAAACUUAUUUUUGUUUAACCCACAGUUACAGGUACAGUCAACUCAUUUGAAUUUUGCUUUUUGUUUGUUUGCGAGAUACGUUGAUAACAAUGUUAAAAAGGAGAUAAUUUUGGUGAAAGGAGUGCAAUCUUUUCUUUUUUUUUAGUUUUGAGUUAAUCGAAAGCAAAAACACGUUGAUGGUGAUAUUUAUUGUAUUACCUAAGCAAUUAACUCUUCUAUUUUUCUCUAUUCGAAAUUAUUCAAGGGCAAUUCCGGUGUCACAGAUAUAACAUAGCCAAUUAACCAUUUUAUCUAAUUAAUGAUUCAGAAAAAUGAUCCAAAACUCCUAGUCUGUAAUCUCCUGGACCAUUACUAGAUGAUGGAUGUAUAAGAUUUGAAAAGUAAAUUUUCAGGUUAUUCACUGAGCUCCUGAAGCGAGUACAUUUUGUACAAAAAAUUGUCCAAUUUGUUGGGUCUGUUAAACUGAAAUCGCCCUCAAAGAAAACCAAAUUGAUGGCCACAUGUAGAUAAAACGGUACCAGUCUGUACACACAACUCCCAGGGUUGUUUCCUAUUGCGGUUACAGCAUCUGUUGAAGGGAACUAGACACACUGGCCCCGCCUGUUUCACUCAGAGGGGUCAAAUCUAACCACAAUUCUCCCGUAUUCCUGUCUUACCCAGCACAUCUGCUCGGGGCUCAACCUGCCUCUCAUGUUGUGGUGUGCAUUUGACGUCAGUUUGGUUUGUAGAAUGACAGCUCCAGGAAGGGACCUUCUCCGUUUCUUUGUUUUUAAAUUGUUUUAUCUGUUCUUUAUAUGUGGAGACGGACAAAUUAGGAGAUGGGAAUGUGUUUAAGUAACUCCUGAUUCCAGUCACAGUAUCCACUUUUCCUGGAAGAUGUAUUGUUUUUCCUUUUGGGGUUGAGACAAUUCUUGAUCAUGAUAGAAAUACAUUUUUUUGGAACGAAAGAAACUGUUCUCUAUGCAUUUGCUCAUUAAAGAAAUUAAAACUCA